UUUUUUUUUUCCUGACGGUGAUACAGUUUUCCUUGAAUUCCCAGAUAACCCACCACAAAUUUAUGAGGCCCCCCAUCUUUGUUUGCUUCUUCAUUAGGAGCCCAUUAGUCAACUACAACUGUUAGAUUAGAAUCAUCAGCCUUUGCAAAUAUUGCCGAGAGAAAAUGCCAAGUCGUUGUGAGAUCUGCUGCGAGAUCAUCAUCGCCAUCUUGCUCCCUCCUCUCGGUGUUUGCUUCAGGCAUGGCUGCUGCAGUGUGGAAUUUUGGAUUUGCUUGUUACUCACUAUUUUAGGCUACGUUCCUGGAAUAAUUUAUGCUCUCUAUGCAAUUGUGUUUAUCGACCGGGAUGAGUAUUUUGAUGAAGGCAGGCGUCCUCUUUAUGCCCCGGCGUAUCAGUGAAUUACCAUACCAGUCCCUUUGGUCUUCUCGAACUCCAUUUCAUCUAUGAGAUUUGUGUCUUGUGUUUAAACAACGUCAAAAUCAACGGAAUUACUGCUUAAUUGUGGUUUGAUAAUUAUACUUUUGCUGGUAUUUUCACCUCUUUUCAGCUACAAAUGGAUGAGACGACGUUCUGAAUCUUACUCAAUUGCAUCUUAAUUUCUAUUA